AGUUUAUUGUCACACAUUUGACUGUUUUUGCGCCAAAACAUUACAUUUGGUGUGUUUUGUGUGAGUGUUGUCUAUGUUUUGCAAAACAAACAGUUGUUUCAUCAAAAUUGUCACAAAUUUAGUCAUUGUUUUGAUUGUGAAUUCAAUUUAGCAUUUUUUUUGACACGAUUUAUAUAUUGAUUUUAAUUUGAUUUUUACAAAGUAUUAAAUGUUAUGACAAAACAAUGGCUAAACUUAAGGAAAAAAAUACAGUCUCUAAAGAUAAGACWUGUGAAGACAUUAAGACAGUGACAGAUAAAAUGGUGACAAUGAAGAAGACAACGAAAAAGACUCGAAAACAAGUAAUAAGUUUCGAUGAAAAUGUUAAUACAUUGGAUAAGAUGGUGAAGACAACGACGGAUACAAAACACAAGAAAAACUUACUGAAGAAGAAGAAUACAAAUAAUAGUAAUAACAGUAUCAAAGUUAUGACCAAAACACAGGACAACAAAAGUGAUGUUAACAUUGAUAUGAGUCAGUGUACUGUUCGUCGGUCUAAACGCAUCCGCAAAGUCACCGAUCGAUAUACAACUGAAGUUGUAAUCAAACGCCGCCGACAAAAGACUGUUGAAAUUGAGAAAACAGACAUCAGAUCAACACUAAAGAUUAUUAGUGAUGAAAAUACCAGUUGUAAUGAGGAUUUGAAAAGUAAGGCAAAGACAGCAACAAAAACCAUAUCUAAACAAAAGUCUUCGAAAUCGAAGGAAAAGAAGACUAAUAGGCGGAGACCGAGUAUUGGUGGCAAUAGUAUCAACAAAAUGUUAUCCAAUUUGAGAGAAAGUCGGCGCAAAAUACCAGAACAUCAGAAAUUGAAAUUUGUUGAAAAGGAUCCGUGUAUUGAAAUACUUCACCAACGAAUAGGACUCGUGACCACCAGAUUAUCAGCCAUUCCAGAGUCUUGUGAAGAGUAUUUGUAUAAAUAAUUUAUUAUAACUAUUUAGUCUGUUUUCAGUUUUAUUUCGAUAUAUAUUUUAAUUAAUAGACAAAAUACUGUAU